AUGUGCCUCCCAGCGCCGACCCCUUCAGUCUUUGGUGCCGGCUUCUUUGGUGCAGACUUUGAGCUCUAUACCAGAGGCCAACUCGUUCGCUUGCUUCGCAUUUGCCACAUCUCCACCGGUGGCACUGCAUCCGAUGCCGCUUUGGUAAAGUUUCCCGAAGCAUACGACGCCUUGAACGUCCAUCGUCGAGAACUUACACAGCUUGCUCUGCAAGUUGCUCUGCAAGUUGCUCUGCAAGUUGCUCUGCAAGUUGCUCUACAAGGAGUUUGUCAGCUCAGUAAUGCUCAAAUUCGGCAUCUCUCGGCGGCACAAGGCGCGCGGAAUGGGCAGCCCAUACAUACAGAGAAGCUUUACUCUACUCAGCGUGUUACAAAAUCAUCCAGCACUCAGCACGCCGCGCCGAGCCAUGCUGCGCAGUAUCCGACAUCACCAAAUAGUGUGGAGGACGCUGGUCAGCAGGCUCUGUCGGAACUGGUAGUGUGCAUCAAGUCUACGGGAAUGAACAGAAAUGGAACUCGCCACGAAUCUAGGAGCGAUCAAAUUGGUUUGACGAGCCGGAACUCUACAUACCGUCUCUACAUCGCCCGAAAUCCCGAGAAAGCGUGGCUACAUCUUUCGACUGGGCUAUGCACGAGUACCACGGCGGCUAUAGCCCUCUACGAACGAACCAUCGCUGCACUCCUUUACACCUCGGGAUGA